GUCGCAGAGAAAAAUCUCGCUUAGGCCAAUGGGUUUUGGCGGGAAAAAGGUAAAGGGCUUUUUGUGAUGGGUUUUUGGUAAGUGGGCCAAAUGAUUGAACCCUAAAACCCAAAGAUAACCAAAAGAAAGGAUAAAAUCAAUUAAUAAAGCUUUAGUUGUCCGCCACGUGGACUGAACCGCACAAAAAUUCACAACAACAAAAAAAAAACGAGAAACCCGUUUCUGGUUCGAUUUGACGUCUUCGUUUACUUCAUUUCUAUAAACGAGCUCCCGCCGCCGGAAAAUUCGCUGUUCAUCACCACCGUGACCAGAGGGUUUUGUUUUGGUACUGCUUAUGUCGACGGAAUCAGAACGUAUUGAAUCAGUCUCAGAGGCUAAUGCGUCGAGUUUAGAGGUCGGAAAUGAUCAAAUGUCUGAAGCCCUAGCUGGUCAAGCUCAGGAGCUGAAAACAAUUGGAGAUGAUAAAGAAGGAUGCGGCAACUUUGCUUCAGCUGGUGAUAAUGGGAUGGAGAAAGUAAAUGGAUUUACUAAUCUUGUUAAGGAAACGGAAUCUGUAAAUGGAGAGUUAGAUCUAGGCACUAGAACCGAAAAUGUAGGUGGAGAGAGUAACCAAAGUGACAAGAAGGUUCUAGUAGAUAGCGAAGAGGUCAUGAUGGUAGAGAAAAGGGGGCUUCUUGUUGAGAAGGAAGUGGAACCUGACAUGGUCUGUUCUCAUGGCGCUGAUCUCAGUGAUGUGAAGGUUUCUGAUGGCAGACUGGAUAGUGAAGACCUUGUUCAGGAUAGAAAACCCGAUGGCUUAGAAAAGCAAGGAACAAAAGUUGAGGACUUGGAUGUUGUAUGUUUUAUGGGUUUAGAACCGCAUGAGAGCAAGGAUGAGAGUAUUUUGGAUGAUGAAAUUGCCCAUGUAGCUGCGAAGGUGAAGAUCUCUGACUCAGAUUUGGUUUGGGCUAAAGUAAGGAGCCAUCCGUGGUGGCCUGGACAGGUGUUUGAUGCCUCGGCUGCAACAGACAAGGCGAAGAAGCAUUUCAAGAAAGGAAGUUUCUUAGUAACUUAUUUUGGAGAUUGCACCUUUGCUUGGAAUGAGGCGUCACGGAUUAAGCCUUUUCGACAGCAUUUCUCCCAAAUGGCAAAGCAGAGUAGUCUACCUGAUUUUAUUGAUGCUAUUGAUUUUGCGUUAGAAGAGGUAUCAAGAAGGAUAGAGUUUGGUUUAGCUUGUUCUUGUAUCUCAGAGGAAGUCUAUCAGAAGAUCAAGACUCAGAAUGUAAUCAAUCCUGGAAUCCGAGAAGAUUCAAGCUCAAUACACGGUGGAGACAAGGUCUCAAGUGCAGUCUUCUUUGAACCUGCAAACCUUGUGGGAUAUGUGAAGCGUUUAGCAUGCUCUCCUAGCUAUGAUGCUACUGAUGCGCUGCAGCUUGUAAGUCAGAGAGCACAGUUAUUAGCUUUUAAUCGCUGGAAAGGCUAUACUGACCUCCCCGAGUUUAUGACACUCCAGGGGUCAGUAGAGUCUGCACCCAAGAUUUCUCCUGCAGAAGAGCAAAGUAGCUUAGUGGAAGUUUCUGAUCCUGAACCAACAAAGAGUAAACAAGUUUAUACUAAAAGAAGAAAGACAAACCUGCAAACAGAGCAAAGUAGCUUAGUUGAAGUUUCUGAUCCUGAUAAAGGUGACUGUAAACACGAUGGAGUGUUUGAAUAUGAAGAAACUAUUGUUCCAAAGAAAAAGGAGAAAACUUUGGCAGAGUUCAUUGCUGAGAAACGCGUAAGCAGACAUAAUGGGAACACAUCACAUGAAAAGUCUGGUAAUGUUCCGCAUUGCGAAAAGAAACGCAAGGUUGUGCAGUCAAAAGUUCCCAAGUCCACGAAAAAGAUUAAGGCAAACCUGCAAACAGAGGAUCCAGGAUCUCCAGUUUCUCCCAAAAAUGAUCGAAAAAAUAAUUUGUCUGCUGGUGAUAAGAUUACACCACAGAAAGCUAGAAAAAGUUUCGGAAUUGGGGCAAGCAUAUUGAAAGUGGCAAACCAGAUGCAUUGUUCAACACCAACCAGACUCUUACCUUGCAGUGAUUCGACCUCCAAAAAGGCAGCCAAGAGCAAUGGCAGUGGAAAGAGUCUUCAGGAGAAACCUAAAGCCGAAGCAUUAUCAGCAAGAGAAAUUUCUCCUUCAACUACACUUUCAAGCCCUCACGCUGCUUCUGUUACCAAAACCACAAGUGGGAAAUCCAAUUCUGUCAGCCUAGACCACAACCUAUCCGGAGAACUUGAUCAGGUCAGAAAGGAAGCUCCUAGUACUAACCUUGUGGAGGACCCGAUGUUGGAGUCUAGAGACUUGAAAGACUCUUCUAAGGAGCAGGUCGUACAUGAGGAUAAGAAAGAAGCUGCAAAUGUAGCGGAUGAGAAAUCUAUUAUGGACAGCAAUCUAACCGGGGAGAAAAUCAGUGGCUUGGACUUGAGAGAGCAGCCGAGUAACAAGAACUGCUCUGGUGGAUCUGAUAGUUGCAAGGAAGAUGUUUCUGCAGAGUAGGAAGGCUCAGCAUCAGCGUCUAACCCACUAAUACAGAUCUUUCUAAAAUCGAGUCCGGUUCUUGUUAGUACCCAAGAGUGGAAUAUACCUUUUAGAUGGAUUCUCUUCUCUUUCAAAGUUUAGAAUUGUAUGAUUUAAUCAGAGUUGAACAAACACUAGUGAGAGAAUGUAACAAAGUUAUUUUUGUUUUUCCAGAUUUGUGCAAUUUAAUGGUCAAUAAUUCAUUUGAAUCCAAAACUAA